AUGAUUAUCCAAUAUAAGAUUGUGGCUAUUUGCCUAUUCCUUUCAUUUGCAUAACUAAAUCUACUUAUGGAAGAUUUUAAUUCGUUAGGAUUUAUUUCUUCAGGCUGGAAAUGCAAGCCGAGCAACUCUGACUCAUUAAUAUACCAUUGCCCUAAUGGUAUGGAUCUAGUUUAAUUGAGCCACGAUUGUAAUAAGAUAGAAAAAACGAUUUUAAAUAUUCCACCCCAUUAUAGUAUAUAACUUUAUGUUGAUUUCAUUGCUUAUAAUACAAUUGAUGGAGGUGAAAUUGCCGAUAUUAGUGCAGAUAACAACAAAAUAUAUGAAUAUUUUAACGGAUAAGGAGGGCCUUUUUAAUAUGGCAAUUAAUGUGAAACUAAUCCAUCCAUAGGCAGAUUUGAUAUGAUUACUUCAAUUAAGGAGUUUGGCCAUUCAAGCAGUUAAUUAACGAUAUCGUUCUCUACGAAUGUAGAUGAGUCAUUCCCUAAUGAAGGCUAUCCAUUCAGAAAUUUAUAAAUUUAUUACUAAUCAUGCCAUUACACAUGUAAAACAUGUUCAAAUAAAUCUUAUAACUCAUGUUUAAGUUGUUUUACAAUUAAUACCGUACCUACACUCUAAUAAUGUAAAACAUGUAAAGAUUAAUAAAAUCUCAGAUUUUUAUUAUAAACCCAAGGUUGUUUAGUAGAGUGCCCUGACGGUCACAGUUAUGAUUAACAACUUGUGUGUUAUAGAAACCUAAUGUUGAAAAAUCUUUUAAAUCUCAAUACAUAAUAGCCAAUGAUAUCAUAAUAACUACUACUAACUUCUAAUUUAAAUCUUGGAGCAAGAUCCCCUAUAUCCUGCAAUAUGAUUGAUUCAUAUCUACCAUACUAUUAAGAUGAAGUUUUAUACACACAUUUGAUUUUAGAUCCCUCAGCAAUAGGUAUUAGACUGAGAGCCACAAUUAUUUUAUUUGACUCAUGGAUGCCAGACAAAUAUUUGUAAAUAAAAAUAAAUGGAUAAAUUGUAGAUUCCAUUAAUUUCAACAACUUAAUAGUAACAACAACGAAUAGUAUUAUAUUGUAUUAGGAUUUAAGUACCCAAAUUUGUUCAACUAAAAAUAAAUUUAAAAUAAGAAUUGAAUUAAAUCAAAUUAUUACUGUAUAGGCUGUAAAUCUUUCCUUUAAUGGAUAUAAUUUAGUUGAUCAAACAUUAUCAUGGUCUGUUUCAAAUAUAAACAUAGAGUAUGAAGUUUGUUCACUGAAUUGCAGUUCUUGUUCUGAUAGAUAAAAUUGCAAUGCUUGUUUAUUACCAUUUCUUUUACAUAAAGGCUAAUGUAUUUAAGUUUGCCCAUCAUAUUCAAGGAUGGUUGGCGCUCAAUGCAUUGAUUUGGAUGAAGAAUUAAUUGAUAAAGAAAAAUCAAAAAUAAAAUACUUAGUUAAAGAGUUUUAUGACAUUUCUACUACAAAAGAGAGGGUGAAUGAGUUAUUCUAGUUGGUUUCUGGGAGUCCUAAUAAUUUUGCAAAAGGAAGUGAUAUAUACUUUUCAUAUGUUCCAAACAAGAAGGUUUUUGGAGGAGCAUUAGUUUGGGUAGAUGCAAUCUUCUAAUUAAAAUUAGAGAUGCCAAAAUAUUAUUAUUAAGUGAGAGUUAAUUUUCAAGUUAUUUUGGGGGAUGAUUUUGGUGUUGGAGAUUUCAAAUACUCAAUUAAUAAUUAGAAUAAUGUAAUAUUAACAAAAUCAACAUUGAACCCAAUUCAAUAAUCAUAGAUUUGGGGUGAUUUAAAUCCAGAGUAUGUUCUUUAAGUUGAUUAAAUAGUAAAUAAGGUUGAUAUUUAAAAUAGGUUGACAAUACUAUUUACUUGUAAUAAUCCAACUAAAUUAGUCAAUUAAGCAUUCUGUGCUAUAUAGAAUUUAUUUAUAACAGCAGAAUUUUAUUGCACUAAGGAAUAUCGAUUUGAUUUAUUUAACUAUGAAAAAGGUUUGAAUCCCUGUGUUCCAAUUUGUGGUGAUGGAUUUGUAGUGGAUGAAGAAUAAUGUGAGGAUGGAAAUAAGGAUCCAUUUGAUGGAUGCUUUAAUUGCCAAUAUUAAUGUUAAGAACAUUGUCAACAUUGUGUAUAGGGGGUAUGCUUAUUCGACUAGGAAGGAGAGGAUGAUAAUUAGAAAUUUUUUGAAAAUGAAGUAGUUAGCAAAGAAGAAAUCUAUUACAAUGAUAAUUAAAUUACUGAUGAUAGUGCUGAGUGUUAGGUUGAAUGUUUAAUUUGCAAGGAUGGGAAUUGCUAUCAAUGUAUGGAAGGCUAUUAUCUUGAAUAAAUAACUUAGAUUUGCUAUCUGCAAAUAAUAGAUUAAUAAUAUACUACAGAGAUUCAAAACAAUACUCAAAUGCGUAAUAUUGAUGGUAGUGAUUGUUAGAGAGAAUGUUUAAGUUGUAAUUUUGGGCUUUGCUAUCAAUGCAUGUAAGGCUAUUAUCUUGAUUUAAUAACUUUGAAUUGCUAUCUGCUAAUUAUAGGUUGUAAUAAUAUAAAAUCAUACUCUAAGGAGAUUCAAAAAUAUACUACAAUGAGUAUUUGUGAAAUUGAUAUCCCUUAUUCAACUUUAGAUAGUAUCUACUAAGAUCCUGAUUAUGUAUGUAUAAACUGUUUGACUUUCGAAUAUCAGAGUUGUAAUAAUAAAUGCUCUUUUUGUUAUCAAGGAUAGUGUUUUUAAUGCUAAUCUGGAUACACUCUAUUUGAAAAUCUAGAUUGUCUUUCUAUUUGUGGUGAUGGUCUAAUAAAUAAAGACUAAACAAACUAAGAAUUAAACGAAGAUUGCGAUAAUCCUUUUGAUGAAGGAUGUCAAAAUUGUGUGGUUUAACCUGGUUAUAAAUGUAUAAAAGAAGAUAGUUCAUUAUGUUGGACAUGCGAUUCAAAAUGUUUAAAAUGCGUAGUUGAUGAAGAUGAUCAAUUAUUAUGUUAAUAGUGUAUUGACGGUUAUUAUGGUUUAAGUAGUCUUUGUUACAUAUGCGAUGAUAAUUGCAUAACGUGUAAAGAUGAUUCAGCUCUAUGUACAUCAUGCUAUAGAGAUGAUUGCUAAAAAUGCGAAGCUAUACCUGGUUUAUACACAGAUUAUGAAAUUAAGAAAUGCAUGCCUUAAUGUGGAGAUGGUAUCAAAAUUCAGUAUUAUGAAUAAUGCGAUGAUGGUAAUACAAUUGAUGGAGAUGGCUGUGAUUCAGAAUGUAAUUUCGAAUUCGCUUAAGAGUAAUAUUCUAUUGGAAUUAAACGUCUUAAUGGAGCAUCUUUUAAUGAUCUCAGUAUAAUUCAAGAUUCGUAUAUACAAUUGAAUUGUUAGAAAACAACAGUAUCUAUUGAGGGUUUCGAUAAAGAACAGUUCAUCUAUAAUUCUACUAGCAGUGAUAUUGGAUGUAAAAUUUAAUUUUAAUUCUUCAAAUCGAUCUAUAAAACCAAUCUAAUACACAUCUAUAUACAAUUUCAAGAAGUUUAUACUAGAAUACUGGAAGAACAACUCUAACAAUAUAAGGAAAUUUAAGUGGAUCCAAUUGAAUAAAUAAUUUUAGAUGAUAGUCAAUAAUCCUAAGCUGAUGCUAUUUCUAAUGCUCAAUCUAGUCUAUCUUUAUUAAUUUUGAUUCUAGCCCCACUUUCAAUUCUAUUUGGCUUAUUUGAUUAUUUAUGGGCAGUCCUGGAAAUCCUGAGUUGGAUAAACAAUUUCUACUUUUUCAAUGUUAAUUUUCCAUUCAAUGUUUAGGUCUUAUUUUUGAAUAGUGAUUGGUCAUCAAUAGUCAAUUUUCCAACCUAUUAAGAUUUGAAUCAACCAGGAUGUGAUUAUUAUUUUGAAUCACCUCCAAGAUUCUCUGAAAAAGGUGUUGAUCCACUAUUUAUGAAUAAUGCUUAAGUACCUGCCUUUUUUAUUUUUACCUCCAUUAUACUAUACUUUGUGGGCUUGCUAAUUGAAUUCUUCUUCAAAGCAAUAGAUAAGAUUUUUGAAAAAAAAGUUCCAUUACAUAACCAUACAACAUUUUCAAUGUAAAAAUAAUAGGAUGUUUAAUUACAUCAUCAAAAUCAAUCUUCAUAUUUAGUUAAAUCGAAUAAAUAUACUUAAUAUUUGGUUUAAAAGCUAAAAAUGGUGACUCAGAGUUUUUAGAGUAGAAUUAAACAAACAGUAACACUGUGUCUAUUAGAUUUAACUAUGGCUAUUACACUUCAAUUAAUUUUUGGAAAACAAUAUUAUCAUAGUAUGAUAUUAAUCAACACUAUUCUUGCACUAUUAUUUUGUCUCUUAAUAAUAUUUUAAUUAAGACAGUCAUAUUAUGUUAUAGGUAUUCAUAAAAAUCUAGCUGAAUUCCCUCUUUUCUAAUAAAAAUAUGGGUGUUAUUACGAGAAUAUAAACAUAGAAAAUACUUUUGGACUCAAAUUUAAUUUCUUUGGACUCAUUCGUAAGAUUACCUAUAUUUUCUGUCUUGUCUAUUUUUACUAUAAUCCUCUUUUACAAACCACGUUCUGCUUUAUAUCUUGUUCCUCAGGUGUUUUAUUACUUAUUUACUCAAAUCCAUUUGAAAGUAAAGGGCAAUUUUAUAAACAAUUAAUCUCAGAAUCAGGAUUGAGUUUGAUUAUUUUUAUUACAAUUCUGCUAUCCAUUGAUGACUUAUUAAAUAAGAUGGAAGAAUAAACUAAAAUCAAUUUGGGAUGGAUUAUUAUAGCUUUGGUUUUCCUAUGUGUAUUUUGUGAAAUCAUAACUUUGAUAUUUGAAAUUUGCAGAUUGUUUUAUGAAAUAACUGUUGAAACUUUUAAGUUUCUAAUGAAUAAGCAUAAAGCAACUGCGUAGAUAGAAUCCAAUAACGAUACAUAACAACCUAAUGCCCCUGAAACCAUAAUUCUAAACCGGCUAUCCUUCAAGCAGCAUCGCCAACUCCAUCAGUAUUUCAAAUGA